AUCAGCCCAACAAGUGAACCUCUCAAUCACUGCACACUCUCUCUCUCCUAAUUUCACCAAAAACCCAUUUCUCCAAAUUCUCUCUCCACCAUAAAAAAAAACUUACAAUCUCCGACGCCCAAAUGUGGCGGCGCUUUCUAUCACCGGCGAUUUCAACCACGCGCCACCACCACCACCACCACAACCUCUCCAAUUUCACCUCAAUCGCCGCCGCAACCGCAGCUUUUAACGACGUUUCUUCAAACUUCUCGCGUUUUUACUCCGCAAAACCCUCGAAAUCGACGCUUUCAAAGGCAAAGAAGAAGUUCAAAGGCGACGGAAAACACGACGAUGUCGGUGGUAGCUCCGCCGCUGAGCUGGACGCUGACGUGGAAGGAGAACAACUUCGAUUAAGGUUGUUGGCUGAGGAUGACAAGGAUCGGUCUCUUGAUGUAGGCCCCAAUGGUCUUCCUCUAUUCACCUCUACUUCUUCUCUCUCUCUCCUCUCUCACAAAGAUACUUGCUCUUACAUGAAAUUCAGAAUGGAAGAUUUGAAUGCGGUGUUGCCGGAAGGAUUGCCGAGUGGUAUGUUGAAAGAGUUUGAAGAUACGAAACGUGUUGCAUUAUUGAUUCGUCAGAGUUUUUUGGAUCUUCGUGAUAAUUUUAGGCGUAUUGUUGAUCCUCCUUCCUGGUCUUCUCCUUCUAGCAAAGCACCAAAAGUUAGAAAACAGAUUGUCUUGGAUGGUCCCCGAAGCUGUGGGAAGAGUAUUGCGCUUGCAAUGCUUGCUCAUUGGGCUCGCGAUGAAGGUUGGCUAGUUUUGUAUUCCCCUAAAGGUCGUGACUGGACCCAUGGUGGAUUUUUCUAUAAGAACCCACAAACUGGGCUUUGGGAUACCCCUGUUCAGGCUGAAAAUAUUUUGAAGGACUUCCUCAAAUUUAAUGAAACCUGCUUGCGACAACUCCCUUGUCAAACAUCUGAUCCUAUUCCUUUGGGAGAAGGUGCUGGUGUGGGAUUUUUGAAGGGAGCAGAUUCCAUGGCGAUGCCAGAGGGUUCGACAUUAUAUGAUUUAAUCCAGACAGGAGUUAUUCAUUCACAUGCUGCUGUUGGAGUGCUUGUCCGUUUGCGGAAGGAGUUAUCACUGGUGAAGGAUGUUCCAGUGCUUCUCGCAAUUGACCAAUACAACAAUUGGUUUACGUUUAGUGAAUACGAAGAAGUUGUUACACCACGCUCUUCCAAACCAAUUCAUGCUAAAGAUAUUGCAACAGUAAAUGCUUUCAGGCCUAUGACGCAUGAUGACAUGAUGGUCGGUGCAUUCUCACACUCAACAGCAGUGGGAAAGCUGCGUAAGGACUUGCCUGGUGUACCAAGUGAUGCUCGUAUUGACUUCCCUCGGUACACUCUGGAUGAAGCUGCAGCCGUAUGCCAUUAUUACCUUAGGCAAAGGCUUAUCCGUCGAGAAGCAUUCACAGAGGAGAAAUGGAAAAAGAUGUAUUACCUUGCUAACGGCAAUGGAUCAGAAAUGAGAUGGCUAUCACCCUUAAUGUGGUGAUUGAAGUACAUCUGUUCUCUGCUAAAGAUUGGCAUUUGUAUUGUGUACCUUCCAAUUUUGAUUGCUAGCUCAGGAAUAAUAUUCUGUUGUUUCCAUGUAAACACCAUGGAGUAGUAGCAGCUUAUUCAUAUCUUCUGUUUUCUCUCUUUCUGUUUCCCCCUCUACUCCUUUCUUUGGGGGGGGGGGGGAUUUGGAAGAAAGAUGGAGAACUCCACUAGCCUCAAUAUCAAGGCAUUUAGUUUGUAAACUUUUUUUGAUCAAAUUGGUAAUAAUAUGCUUUUUUGAAUUUUA